AUGAUGACCAACGUUGGAACUUUGAUGGCAAGGUCGUACAUUGAGUCACCGGCGUCUCCCGGCUGUCAGCUCCAGGCGUUUCUUAUUCAAAUGUUCAUGCCGGCUGAUGCGUUCUGGACGCUCACCAUGGCCAUCAACGUCUAUCUGACGUUCUACUUCAAGUUCGACGCCGAGAGGCUUCGCAAGAUGGAGAUCCCGUAUCUUAUCUGCUGCUACGGCAUUCCCUUUGUGCCGGCACUUACCUAUGUCUUUGUUACCAACGGCAAAGGUCAAAGAGUUUAUGGAAAUGCGACUCUGUGGUGUUGGGUAACGCCGGAUUGGGAAAUCUGGCGCAUUCUGACAUUCUAUGGGCCUGUUUGGAUCGCGAUCUUGAUCACUUUCUUUAUCUACAUUCGGGCUGGGCGCGAGAUCUACCAGAAGCGCAAGCAGCUCCGCGACUUCAGUUCUUCCGACCCCGACCAGCUCAACUCCUUCCAUGAUGCUCUCACUUCGAUGAAGACAACGGAGGUCUACGUAACAUCAGAAACGAUCGACCAACCGAGCGGCUCCAUCGGCAUGGCCUCCAUGACGAGACGAGGAUCUGAAGCCGGACCGAAACCACGUAUUCCUGACGCCGCCUACUCUGUCAGCAUCUCUGCCAACCGUUACGAUCGCCAUGAUGCGCAGGUCGAGGCUGCACUCCCGGCUGAGCCCGUGGCUGCUGAAGCUGUCACCAACCAGCGUCCAAUGAACUCAGCACGCCGACGCAACUACGAGCUCAACAACGCUGCAUGGUCGUAUACCAAAUGUUCCAUCCUAUUUUUCACCGUCAUUCUCAUCACCUGGGUUCCGUCGAGCGCCAACCGUGUUUACUCAGUCAUCCACGCCAAGGAGUCGUCGACCCCUCUGGCUUUCAUGAGCGCUUUCGUUCUCCCUCUUCAGGGCUUCUGGAACGCUCUCAUCUACGUGGUAACGUCGUGGAAGGCUUGCAAGACACUCUGGACUGACAUCCGCGACCAGUUCAGGAUUCCGAGCCAUCCGCGCAGGAACAAGAACUUCGAGAGCGAGAGCAUCACGGAACUUACAAGUAGCCGACCGAGCUCAAACGACCAGCCUUCACGGGCAUGA